AGCUCUCUCAUAUCUGUUGCUAGAGGUAACAGCCAUUCUGUUAUCAUUACGUUCAUAUUCCCACCCAUAAACGCAUGUUUAUGAUGGACUAGUAUUCGUUAACUGAUUUUAAAGCUUUGUGUGGGUCCAAGUUACAGAGAGCGAAGGAGAUAGGGUUGACUACAAACACAACCCAGGGAGGGAAGGAGAGUAGAGUUAGGUGAGGUUAUGAGUCCAAGUUUUGCUAGGCAUUCGAGUGCAAGUAAUGGGAGUGACAUCUUGUGAGACCUUGUGACACUUCCUUCAGAAGCCUCCUUUGGGCAGACUGGUUUGUCAAGUUUUUUUUUUUUUUACUGUAUGAAAAUUGUUCCAACUUUCUGUUCUAGGCUGACUGGUGACCGAUGGACUGACUGAGAGGGAGAGAGAAACCGAGUGAUCAGAAUAAGAGAAGGAGUAGUAGAGUGGAGGAUAGAAAGAGAGAAUAUAAUUGUGUAAAAAAGAGACAGUCGAGUGAAGUUUAGAAUAUGAGCAGGUCAAUUCAAUGUCUUUAGAUGCAUUUGAAGAGGAUUUGGAGUGGUUCCUUCAUCGGUUAUUAGUUACCAGUGUUAUGAAGCAGCUCUGUGGGGGAUAGCUGAAAAUAUUCAAAGUAUUUUAUUACAACUUGAAAACAAGGGGACUCAUCUCUGGCAGGUUUUUUCCCGUCACUUGUAGGUGUCCUAUUCAUUUAUUGUUAGAGUAUCUAGGAGGAUCCAAGGACGUCUGCCUUUUGAUCCUGAGCCUAAUUGCCAUCGGACACUUUUGAGGACUGUUUUUGGAGGGGAAUUGAUUAUGGCCAGUUCCCUGUACUUUAUCCUGCCGGCCCUAGGGGGCUACACCCUGGCAUCACUCUACCUGUUGAAGAACCCUCAGAUCCUCCACAAGAAGAAACGUGCUGCCUUCCACUGCACCCACAUCUCACACAGAGGAGGAAGCGGCGAGAGGAUAGAGAGCACCAUGGAGGCCUUCACGCAUGCGGUGGAGCAGGGUACAGGAAUGCUGGAGCUGGACUGUCACCUGACCCGGGACAGUCAUGUGAUCGUGUCACAUGACGAAAACCUCCUGAGGCAGACCGGCCAUGAUGUCACCAUCUCCUCCCUAAACCUAGAGGAGUUACCCCUGUAUAAGGACAGACUGGAGGUCACGUUUUAUGCAGGCCGCUACAGCACCGGUACAGACAGGAAGUUCACCCUAUUGGAGGAAGUGUUCAAGAAGUUUCCUAAGAUGCCAGUCAACAUCGAGAUCAAAGAGGACAACAGCUUGCUGAUUGAGAAAGUGUCCAACUUGGUGAAACAGUAUGAUAGAGAGAACCUCACAGUGUGGGCGACUGCGGACUCUACCAUUAUGAACAAGUGCUGCAGAACUAACUCCACCAUGCCCUAUAGUUUCAGUAUGAGACGAGGGCUGCAGCUGCUCCUCCUUUACUACAGCGGCCUGCUGCCCUUUGUACCGCUGGGAGAGAGCUUCCUGCAGUUCUACCUGCCCCGCAUUUUCAACAGGACAUAUAUUCCUGAGGAGCGUCUUCUGAAGAACAGAAUGGUCAUCUAUCUGUUAGAAAAAUUAACGAUGAGGAAGAGUCUAUUCAAACAUCUGGUCAACAGAGGAAUUCAGGUGCACCUGUUCGUCUGCAACGAGGAUCCGGACAUCGAGGUGGCGUUCGAAGCAGGAGCCACAGGCGUCAUGACAGACUACCCCACCCUCCUGACUAACUAUCUACACAGACACAGGAGUCAAGAUUGACAGCCCAAACCUCCAAUCAAACUACUGAUUCCCAAACAGGGUUCUUGACUGCAGCUCAAGCUACCUAUCAAGAGACCUCCACUCGUACGUUGUUUAUCACUGAAAGAACCACACUGAAAUCACAAUUUUCCUUCACAACUCCAGUCUCCACCUUUGAGCAAAAGGACAGUUCUGUGAGGAAGUUGCCUGAAAAGCACAGAUCCAAGACCGCGUAACUUUCCCAAAUCCCAACCUUAACCAAUAGAGGGAAAAACACAAAACCAACCUCUGAUCAAUGUCUUUAGGCAACUUCAUUCCAUCUACACAAAAGGAUGUCACUUACACUUACUGUCUUUUGGUUAAUGGAUUGUGGCCAAAUAUUAACACACUGUUCACCUCUCUCUGCAACCUUCCCAAACCCUAAUGGAUCUAUCAGGGGCUGUCUGGAUGUUGUUGGGGGGAAAAGUGAUUUCUUUAAGUCUAUAUCCUUGACGUUCUCUCAUGUUAUGACAUUUACAUAAUAUAACUGACUUUUGGGGUCUUUAUGACAGGCUAUACAAGUAGUAUGUUUAUCAAUGCAAAGAUGAUUUAAAUAAAUACUUGUAUUGUUUUAAGUGUU